AUUGAGUACAAACGGGUUGGAAGGUGGCUGGAAUUUUGCAAUAGCCACCACACGAAACUAUGCAAGCGGGGUUUAUUAGUACCUAUGAAGCUUAUAGUCAUCGACUGUAAGUCUCGUACACUGGUUGAUAUGGAUAAUUCCUUGCAACCUUACCUCUCGCUCAGUUAUAUAUGGGGUCAAUCAUCCCUGCGUUCUGUUUCGAAUACCGCAACCUUACCGGAACCUUGUGAGAAAACGAUCGAAGACUCGAUGGUAAAUGUGAUCGCACUUGGAUUUCGAUACAUGUGGGUCGAUCGUUAUUGUAUUCCUCAGGACAACAUCAACGAAAAGCACUCACAGAUCCAACGAAUGGGAGAUAUCGUUUGCAAAUUCAAUAUUAACCAUCAUUGCCGGUGCGGGCCAUAGCCCGGAGAUAGCUACCUCGUGUUCAACUAGGCCGAGCACAAUUCAUUGCAUUACCACCCGCAAUACAAUGCGAAGUUGAGCAAUCCGCGUGGAGCACGAGAAGUUGGACGUAUUAAGAAGGGCUCCUGUGAAAGAGACUCCGGUCUUUACCGAAUCCCAAACACAUUUUCAGUGCUCGGCCAUGCAUUGUCAAGAAAGCCUAUCGACGCCUUACAAGACUCUUCAUAUCAAGAGCUUUGAGAGAUUUCGCCACAAUUUUCUGGGUCUCUUUUCCCACAAUGAUGGGAUUGGCAAGAGGAGCGAAGAAAUUGUCGACCGAAUUUCGGAAUAUGCGGCUCGCAAGCUCUCGUAUCCUUCGGAUGGCCUGAACGCUUUUCAAGGAAUCCGAAAAGCAUACCAGUCAUUCAAUCUGCCGAUUAUUCACGUUUGUGGGGUUCCAAUAUUUUCGCCAAAGACAUUUCCGGUCAAAG